CAGGACUCAAGAUUUCUUUUUAGAUUAUAAAAUAUAAUUUAUACAUUUUUAAAAUUAUAUAUACAUAUACCGUUGGAGCGUAUGCCACAUUUUUCCUACCAAACGCACCAGAAAGAAACAAAGACAAGUCGAGAAGCAAUAUAACAAAGCAGCAAAAAUGUGUUUGGAGCUUGUUUAUCACGAGGAGAAGACAGAGCUUGGUAGGCAACAAGCACCAGGUGUGUGUCCAUACUGCGGUGGAAAAGUAUCGGCCGUAGAUGUUGAGACAAAGUGGUUGUUUUGUUUCUUACCACUAUGUUUCAAGGUCAAACGCAAGUACACUUGUUCCUCUUGCGAUCGUCGUCUCGUCUUGUUUUAUUGAAAGAAAGAAACAGAGGAGAACUGAAACUAUUAUCUAAUUUCUUUGUUUGUUUUGCUCCUUCCAAUAUUGAGAAUUUUGCAGAUUUCUCCCUAUAAACACCCCUCAUGGUGGUGACAUUUGUGAAAUUCAUUGAGUCUUUGUUCAAUGUAAAUAAUUUCGUUUGUUACGUGUGUGGAAUUCAGUUUUGUUUAAAUAAAGAUCUGUUAUUCAUAAUUAUUCUUUUUGUCCACUUCAAUGAUUAAACUCAUAGCCAUUUUUAGAUCUUAUAU